AUGAAUAAAUGGCUUAAGAAGAGCAGAAAAUUAAUUUAGAAUAAAUUAUUGGCGCAAUAAUUUGGUUUAGAGCAAUAAAAAUAAAAACAGAGGAAGAGAAUAAGAAAAAUAGAAAAUAAGAUACCUCAAAAGCCAUUUCCAGUGAGAAAAAUCAAGUAUAAAAAUACAGCUUAAGGAAUUAAUGUUGGAUCGCCAAUUUAUGAAACAUCUUCUAUGCAAUAUGGACAACUUAACCCGACGAAAUUUGAAUUAAUUGAAAAUUUUUACCCUAGAGAUGCUAAAUUCACUUAAGAAUUCUUAGGUCAUACAUAUAAAUUUGUUGGCCUUAUUACUAGUGUUGCCUUUGAAAAACAAAUAAACAAUUGGAUGAAAGUCAUAAUAUAAUCAAAUAAAUAAUUAUUAAUUCACUUAGGGAAUAUCAAAGAAUUCUUGAAUUUUAUUAGAUUUCAUCAAAUGUUCAUAGAGCCUUCUGAAUGCUUCCUAAAUUUCAGGAAAUCUAAUUGCUUUAUGAGAUAUUAUUUAGUAAUUAAUUGGUGA